AUGGACAAAAAUCAACGAGUCGUCAUCAUUGGAGCUGGGGCCUUCGGUCUAGGCACUGCACUGAGAUUGAAAGAAGAAGGCUACAAAUCAGUCACCAUUCUGGACCGUUCAGUUCCGCCAGUUCCAGACGGAUCGAGCAAUGACAUCUCUCGCGUUAUUCGAUUCGAUUAUGGUGACCCCAUAUACGCCGAGAUUGCCAAAGAGGCGUUCGACCUUUGGAAGACCCCGGAUUACCAGGAAGCAUUCCAUCAAACACCUUGUUUAUGGGUCUGUCAAGAUGGCACCCCAGAACAGCCCGUGCAGCCUCGAGCACAGGAGUACAGCCGCAAGACAAAGCGUGUCCUGACUGAGAUGGGCCAAGAAUGGGUUCCCGUUGGGAGCGUGGAAGAGGCGAAACAGCAUUUCCCCAAAUUGACUGGCCGACUAGCCACUCCUGGGUUUGAUGGGUUCUACAACAAAUCCGCUGGAUGGGCAGAUGCAGGCCUUGCUUGCGCUCGCCUCAUGUCUCGAUGUGCUUCAGCUGGUGUAUCUUUUAUAACAGGCCCGAAUGGCCAGGUUGAAGAAUUCGAAAAACGACCAGACGGAACGAUCAAAGCUGUCCGUACCAGGAACGGAAGGGUCGAGGGCGACCAGUUCAUCGUCGCCACCGGCGCAUGGACUUCGAGUCUCAUCCCAGCUUGGAACUCGAUGCUCGCUGCAGGACAGGUUGUGGGAUAUCUGCGCCUCACCCCGGACGAAGUCACCCAGCUCCGAGAUCUGCCCAUCUACUUCAAUUUUUCUACUGGCUUCUUUGCCUUCCCCCCUCAUGAGCCAACAGGGUACCUAAAAGUUGCCUGUCAUGGCUUCGGUUAUACUCGCGCGGAGGCCUCUGUCACAUCCGCACCACCUAGCUCGGCAGUCGCUUCGCGAGCUAAUUACAUCCCCGCUGAUGGAUUAAAACGCCUCACGUCUGGGUUGAUGGAUCUUUUCCCGCAGCUGGCAUCAAGGGGCUUCGAAAAGGUAGGAAUCUGCUGGUACAACGACACUCCGACCGGAGAUUUCAUCUUUGAUUUCCACCCGGAGCACAAGAACUUGUUCAUUGCCACUGGUGGAAGCGGACAUGCCUUCAAAUUCCUGCCUGUCAUUGGAAAAUAUAUUGUUGGAAGUUUCCAACGCAAGCUUUCACAGGAGUUGCUUGACAAGUGGAAGUUCCCCACCCAAUUCCGUGAGCGCUUCCAGGGAGAGGUAUUCACGGGAGAUGGAAGUCGCGGAGGACCAGAGCGAAGGGAGCUGACUGCUCAAGAGCUGGACACCUUUGACACGGCAUUGAAAGCUGCUUCUUCCCGACCAAGCAAGAUUUGA